UUCGCUAUUCUCUCCAUCAAUGCGCUGACCUUGCUCGGGCCCAUAACGUACAGAAAAAACCAGAGGAAGUCCACGAUCCACAUAAAUUAUAAUGGAUUAGAGGUAAGAGAAUCAGCUCCUUUCAUGGACCUUGAAAGCCAUCUUCUUGCCUAAUCAUUCAGCAUUUUCUCCCCCGUUCUUCACCGUUCAAAAGUCGCUCCUUUCUCCUCUAAUGGCCGCCGACCAUCCCAUCCCUCUCUUUCUUCAUCUCACGCUCACUCUUUCACUUAUCUUUGCUGCCGUUUCAGUCUCAGAAACAGACAUCCUGCUCGCCUUCAAGUCCUCCAUUGAAGACCCCAACGCUUCUCUUCUGAGCUGGUUCCCCAACUCCACUGACUACUGUAACUGGACUGGAGUCACUUGCUCCUCUUUAUCCCCUCCAUCUCCAACCUCAUUAAACCUACAAAGCCUUAAUCUUUCUGGAGAAAUCUCCCCUUCCAUAUGCCAACUGCCAAAUCUGCAAAUCCUUAACUUAGCUAACAAUCGCUUCAACCAGCCCAUUCCCCUCCUUCUCUCCCAAUGUACCUCCCUUCGCACCCUCAACCUCAGCAACAAUGUCUUAUGGGGAACUCUCCCAGAUCAGAUAACCCAUCUUUCUUCCCUGAAGGAGCUUGAUUUGAGCAACAAUCGCAUCCAGGGGCAAAUGCCUCUGAGUUUAGGCUUAUUGGAUGGGUUGCAAGUUCUCAACUUGGGAAGCAACUUGUUCUCAGGUACCGUUCAUCCUCCUAUCUUCCGGAAUUUGAGUGAUUUGGUCGUGCUAGAUUUAUCUAAAAACCCAUCUUUGACAUCAAAACUGCCCACCGAGAUUGGAAGGCUUGGAAAGCUGAGAAAGCUUUUGCUGCAAAGCUCUGAUUUUUAUGGUGAAAUCCCUGAAUCAUUUCAGGGUUUGCACGAGCUACAGUUUCUGGAUCUCUCACAGAAUAAUCUGAAUGGCAGAGUCCCUAAAGGAUUGGGUUUGGGCAUGACAAACCUGGUCUCCGUGGACUUGUCUCAGAACAUGCUAUCUGGUUCAUUUCCUAGCGAUAUUUGCUAUGGCAAAGCUCUCGUGGAGCUCAGCCUCCAUGAAAAUUUCCUUACUGGUCCAGUCCCUGAAAGCAUUAGCAACUGCAAUACUCUUCAGAGGUUUCAAGUGCAGGAUAAUAUGUUUUCAGGAAUUUUUCCUCCUGGAUUGUGGUCCUUGUCUAACAUAGCUCUUAUCAGAGCUGAAAACAAUCAGUUUUCAGGAGAAAUUCCUGAUCUAGUUGGAGUAGGUUCCAAGCUAGAGCAGGUCCAGAUUGACAACAAUAGCUUCACAGGGAGAAUUCCUCACAGCCUUGGUCAAAUACAUACCAUGUAUAGAUUCUCCGCAUCGCUCAAUGGACUGGAUGGCAAUCUGCCUGAAAAUUUCUGUGAUUCGCCUGUGAUGAGUAUCAUUAAUCUGUCCCAUAAUUCUCUCUCAGGAUCUAUUCCUGAGUUCAGGAAUUGCAUAAAAUUGGUAUAUUUAUCUCUGGCUGAUAACAAGUUGACCGGGAACAUCCCCUCAUCUCUUGCUCAGCUGGCAGUGCUGACUUACAUUGAUCUAUCUAGUAAUGAUCUUAGUGGGGAAAUUCCACCAGAGCUUCAGAACUUAAAGCUUGCAUUAUUUAAUGUCUCUUACAAUCAACUUUCAGGUUCAGUUCCUCUCUACAUAACUUCUGGCCUUCCAGCUUCAUACCUUCAAGGAAAUCCUGGACUAUGUGGACCUGGACUGCCCAAUACAUGCAGUCUGUUGCAAAAGAGCAGCAAAUCUAAAAGCUCCAAGUUGUUGAUUGUUGUGGUUGCGCUAACCUUGACCGCUGUGGUGAUGAUUUUAGCUGUUAUCUUCUUCACAAUUCAUCGGAUGUCUGGGAAAAAAUGGAGUUCUAGUGCUUGGAAGCCUGUGUUCUUUGGUUCUUUGGGUGUUUCUGAGGACGAAAUAAUAAUGGCAUUGGAUGAUAAGAAUAUUAUUGGGAGAGGACCAUUUGGUAGAGUUCAUAUCAUUCAGUUACCAGACGGAGAUUUCGUUGCCGUGAAGAAGUUAAUGAGCAUGGGAGCUGUGUCUUUAAAAAGAGCUAAAAAUGAAAUCAAAACGUUGGCUAAGGCUAGGCACAAAAAUCUCACAAAAUUUCUUGGCUUUUGCUACUCAGAUACUUCAGUUCUUCUUAUUCAUGAAUAUGUAAAAAAAGGAAGCUUAGGUGAUGCUCUCCUGAGAUCAGAACUCCCAUUAGAGUGGAGAGUUAGAUUACAAAUAGCUCUGGGAACUGCUCAGGGCCUUGCUUACCUUCACAAGGAUUAUGUCCCACAUUUGCUUCAUCGAAAUGUGAAGUCGAAUAAUAUUCUUCUUGAUGAGGAUUUUCGACCGAAGUUGACUGGCUAUGGUCUUGAUCGAGUGACCGGAGAAGCAUCAUAUCAAGCAUGCUUGGCUUCUGAAUUGGGUUCUUUCUGCUACAUUGCACCAGAACAAAGCUACAGCAAGAAAGCAACUGAGCAGAUGGAUGUCUACAGCUUCGGCGUUGUGCUACUGGAACUCAUUACAGGAAGACCAGCAGAGCAGCCGGAUUCUCGAGAAUCGGUUGACGUGGUCAAGUGGGUGAGACGAAAAAUUAAUAUGAGAAAUGGACCUAACAAAGUUCUUGAUCCGAAGGUAUCGGAUUCUUCGCACAGAGAGAUGUUAGGUGCACUAGAUCUUGCUCUCAAUUGCACUGCAAUUAUGCCUGAAAAGAGACCUGGAAUGGAUGAGGUAGUGAGAACUCUGCAAUUACUUAAUGAUGUUAACGAACCGCUCGUAAUUUCUUCUGUCGAGUAAUUAAUAGCCUUGUGCUUGUAGUAUUAAUAGAUUGCUUAGUAUGUAACUUGCCUAUGUCGGUGGUGUAAGAGUUAGUUCAAAUGGUAAUUGUUUUUUAAGAGUUUAUUAUUCUUAAAUUUGAGAAUGAGAUAUUGCAUCACAUGUUUUUAUGUUUGGUGAAGUUCUAAUGCAAAGCAAGAUAGAGUAUCAA